AUUUAUGUAACCCAAUAUGGCUUGCUCUAGCUACUGUCAUGAAAAGGGAGUACUGACUGGUCAAGUAGACCGAGACGAUAAUUGAACAAGCAUUACGGAAUCUUGACGACUGUGAAACUGACGAUGAAUGAAAAGAAGUCUAAAGAGAUGCUUUUUGAUCCGAAAGAGGAGCAUGAUGCUUGCGGUGUGGGCUUCGUAGUUAAUACUAAAGGUGUACGCUCAAAUAAGGUAUUGAAGGAUGCCAAAGUCAUGCUUGAACGUAUGGAUCAUCGAGGGGCUUGUGCAUGCGAUGAGGAUACUGGGGAUGGGUCGGGUGUAAUGACAUCUAUACCAUAUGAAAUAUAUUUGGAGUACGCACGUGAGGCAAAUGUUGUUUUACCACCACUGGGUCGUUUCGCUACUGGUAUCAUCUUUAUACACGAUCGCACUACUACAAUUCCUGAUCUUAUGCAACAGUUUUCAAAAAUAACGGAGGAGUGUGACUUAAAACUUUUAUUCUGGCGUAUGGUGAAUGUGAACAAAAACUGUAUUGGUAUAGUAGCGCAUUCCGAGGAACCAAUUAUUGUUCAAGUAUUUGUCGUUCAAAAAUCAGAAAGUGAACAAUCCUCCCAGGAUACUGGAUUUCGUAGUCAAGUAUUUUUGCUUCGUAAAUAUGCAAGUAAUGAAUUAUCAAAGAGCUGUUAUAUAUGCAGUCUAUGUUCUGAAAGAAUUGUUUAUAAAGGUUUAUUCACCACAAAACAACUGUGGAAUUACUACGCAGAUCUAUCCAACCCUAAUUUUCUGACUCAUUUUGCAAUAGUUCAUAAUCGCUUUUCUACAAACACUUUUCCAUCAUGGUGUCGUGCUCAUCCACAACGUAUGAUGGCUCAUAAUGGAGAAAUCAACACACUACGUGGCAACGUAAAUUACUGUCGAGCGCGUCAAAGUUUAAUGUUCAGUCGUUUUUAUACAAAGGCACAAAUGUCAAAAUUAUUUCCUAUCAUUGAACAAGGUAUGUCUGAUUCAGGAUCAUUUGACAACAUGAUGGAAUUCUUAUGUCAAGCUGGUGACUACAGUCUUCCAGAAGCUGUAAUGAUGAUGAUUCCCGAAGCGUGGCAUAAUCUAGAUCCGGAAAAAGGUGAAAUAUCUAGAGAGAAAUGGAAUUAUUUCAAAUGGGCUGCCAAUAGUUUUGAACCUUGGGAUGGACCAGCUCUGAUUGUAUUUUCUGAUGGACGUUACAUUGGUGCAAUACUUGAUCGUAAUGGUCUUCGCCCAGCUCGUUUUUAUGCAACCAGUGAUGAUAUGGUGUAUAUGUCAAGUGAAGUUGGUGUAGUCGAUAUACAACCUGAUGUGAAAAUCAUACAAAAAGGUCGUCUAAAAGCUGGACGUUUAUUGAUUGUCGAUACAGAAAGUGGACAGCUAUUAGAUGAUGAAUCACUAAAAUCCAAAAUUGCUACCAAACACCCUUAUGAUGUUUGGCUCAAAGAAGGAGCUCUUGAUUUGCCUGAAAUGCAUAGGGCUUUUGCGAAUUCCCCUGAACACUAUAAGAGAAUCUCAACACUCGAGCCCUCAGUCAUUGACGAUCGUCGCCUCCCACUAUUUGGGUAUAAUCCAGAAAAUAUCAAUCUUCUAAUUUUGCCCAUGUUGAAAACUGGCAAAGAAGCUCUAGGAUCUAUGGGGAAUGAUGCUCCACUGGCUUGUUUAUCUGAACAAAAUCCCCAUGUAUUUGACUAUUUUCAGCAGUUAUUUGCUCAGGUCACAAAUCCUCCUAUCGAUCCAUUUCGUGAACGCAUUGUAAUGACAUUGAUGUGUCCUAUCGGACCACAGAAAAAUAUUUUGAUUCCAUCCAGAGCACAAACUCAUCGUUUAUGGCUUGCGAAUCCGAUUUUAUCAUUGAAGGAUAUGGCUUUAUUACGUUCACUAGGAGGCAAUCCUCCAUCGCAACCUGAGGAUGUGAAAAUAACAAGUACUGUUCUCUCAUGGCGUAGUGUUAUUUUGGAUGCUACAUUAUCUGUACAUGAAGGUUCUGAAAAAGUUUCAUUGGGAUCAAAACUGUUCCACUUUCUACAAGAUCUCUGUGAUAAGGCCGAGAACGCAGUUUUACAUGAUAGUGUGGAUUUGUUAAUAAUUUCCGACAGGGCCAGUAGUCGAGAUCGUCUUCCUGUUCCAAUACUGUUGGCUGUCGGGGCGGUACAUCAACGUCUAGUUCGUCGUGAGCUUCGUAUGAGGGUUGGGAUAAUUGCGGAAACGGGUGAAUCAAAAGAAGUUCAUCAUUUUUGUACCCUUAUUGGUUUUGGUGCAGAUGCAAUAUGUCCUUACUUAAUUUUUGAAUCUGUCUCACGUUUAAACUACGAAGGUCUUCUAACAUCAGCUACAGUUGUGAAUGAAGAAGAAUUAUAUUCAAGUUUCAUAACAUCUGUUGAACGCGGGAUACUUAAAGUUAUGGCUAAAAUGGGAAUCUCAACAUUGCAUAGCUACAAGAGCGCUCAGAUCUUUGAAGCUGUUGGUUUAGCACAAUCUGUGAUUGAUAUGUGUUUCUGUGGCGCCGUAAGUCGUGUAGGCGGAGCAGAUUUCGAAAUAUUAGCAAGAGAAGUUACCGCACGUCACCAACUAGCCUAUCCAGAAUGUCAAACACUUUGCACUAAAGUACUUGAAAAUCUUGGUCAGUUUGGGAAUAAUCCUGGAUUUUAUCACUGGAGAUUUGGUGGAGAAAAUCAUAUGAACAGCCCAGAGGCAAUAGCGAAACUUCAGGCUGCAUCUCGUAAUAAUAGCCAUGAGGCUUACAAAAUGUUUGUCCAAGUCGCCGAUGAGUGUUCGCGUCACUGCACUCUACGUGGACAGCUAGAUUUUAAUUAUUCGGAAAAGCCUUUACCGUUGGAAUUAGUGGAAUCGGCUGCAGAAAUAGUAAAACGUUUUUCUACAGGUGCAAUGAGUUUGGGAAGUAUUUCUUCAGAAGCUCAUACUGCUUUAGCUAGGGCUAUGAAUAAACUUGGUGGACGUUCGAACACUGGUGAAGGAGGUGAGCUACCAGAACGUUAUAAGAAUCCUGAAAUAUGUUCUGCUAUAAAACAGGUUGCUUCAGGACGUUUCGGUGUGAAUAGUUCAUACCUAGCCCAUGCUGAAAUGCUGCAAAUAAAGAUGGCUCAAGGUGCUAAACCUGGUGAAGGUGGUGAAUUACCAGGUUAUAAAGUUACCGAGGAGAUCGCCAAUACACGUUAUUCAGUGCCUGGUGUGGGUUUGAUCAGUCCACCACCACAUCAUGACAUUUAUUCCAUAGAAGAUUUAGCUCAGCUCAUUUAUGACUUGAAAGCAGCCAAUCCAUUUGCUGUGGUUAGUGUUAAACUGGUAUCUGAAAUUGGAGUCGGUAUCGUUGCUGCUGGUGUGGCAAAGGCUCGCGCAGCACAUAUAACAAUUUCUGGUCAUGAUGGUGGUACUGGUGCUAGUAGUUGGACAGGAAUCAAACAUGCUGGACUUCCAUGGGAAUUGGGUAUUGCUGAGACCCAUCAAUCCCUAACCAGUCAACAGGCACGUUCACGAGUUAAACUACAGGUUGAUGGACAAAUACGCACAGGACGAGACGUGGUCAUAGCAUGCAUUCUGGGAGCUGAUGAAUUCGCAAUGUCAACUGCACCACUUAUUGUAUUAGGUUGUACAAUGAUGCGUAAAUGUCAUUUGAAUACUUGUCCAGUGGGAAUAGCCACACAAGACCCAGUUCUACGAAAGAAAUUCGCUGGUAGCCCAGAACAUGUCAUCAACUACCUAUUUCUUUUGGCUGAGGAAGUUAGACAAUACUUAAGUCGUUUAGGUGUAUCUUCAUUGAAAGAAAUUGUUGGACGUACAGAAUAUCUAAAGCAUAGAAAACCUUGUUUAACUGCAAAAUCUCAACUGCUUGACAUGAGUCGUUUAAUGAUUAAAAUGGAACCAGAUGAAGUGCAUUAUGGUUCAUUAAGACAAAGUGAUUCAGUGAAAGAUUUCCGUGAAAAUCCAACAACAUUGUCAUUUGCCGAUCUCUUGCCAGCUGACCGUCGUUUAGAUAUAAUAAUAUUACGCGCUGCUCAUAAAUUAAUAGAUACUCCAGAAAAUGUGAAACUCAGUCCUUCUGAAUCAGUAGUAUAUGUGACCGAAUCAAUUAGUAAUUCUGAUCGCACAGUUGGCACUACACUAAGUUAUGCCAUUUCAACCAGUUUUGCUGAAAAAGGAUUACCACAUAAUAGACGGAUUAUGGUAAAUGUUAGUGGCAGUGCAGGUCAGAGUUUAGGAGCUUUCCUUGCUCAUGGCGUUCAUAUUCGCCUGGAAGGUGAUGGAAAUGAUUAUGUCGGGAAAGGUUUAUCAGGUGGAAAGAUUACAAUCGUUCCACCCAAAGAGUUAUUAGAAGAAGGAUUUAAAUCAGAAGAUAAUUUAAUUGUUGGUAAUGUUUGCUUAUAUGGUGCCAUAGAAGGAUGUCUCUUUUUAAGGGGACAAGCAGCUGAACGAUUCUGCGUACGCAAUUCCGGAGCUACUGUUGUUGUUGAGGGUGUUGGUGAUCACGGUUGUGAAUAUAUGACUGGAGGCCGUGCUGUUAUACUUGGACGUACUGGACGUAAUUUUGCUGCUGGUAUGUCAGGUGGUCUAGCCUUUGUUUAUGACCCACUUGGGUUGAACGGAGAUUUUGUAAAAAAGUGCAAUAUGGAAUUAAUCGAUUUGGAGUUGAUGGAUUCACAGAAUACAUACAGUGGUUGGCUUAAAGAAAUAUUGGUUGAAUUUGUAAAAGAAACCGAUUCACAAGUCGGAGCAAAUAUUUUGGCAGACUGGAAUAAAUCCAUCAAUCAUUUUGUACUUGUAUUUCCACGUGAUUAUAGAAAUGCAUUGGCCAAACUUAAAACUUCCACAACUGUUACUGAUCCCAAGGUGCAAAAAACUAGUCCUAUUGUUGAUAGUAACAAAAUCAAAUUCUGGUGUAUGAAAUUUUGUCAGAAACAAACUAAAGAUAUUGAAGAUGUAAUUGGUGAUGAGCCAGCAGAGAAACUGGAUAAAGUGCGCGGCUUCGUCAAAUAUGCCAGACAGAAGCAAAAUUAUCGUCCAGUUGAAGAACGUCUGAAAGACUGGGAAGAAGUCUACGCUUUAAAACAAAUACGCGAGGGUUUGGUCAAACAGGCUGCUCGCUGUAUGGAUUGUGGCGUGCCAUUUUGUCAAUCAUAUGUCGGGUGUCCUCUUGGCAAUCUUAUUCCAAACUGGAAUGAUUUAGUAUUUAAGGGUGAUUGGCACGCUGCUCAUAUUGCUUUAGCACAAACCAAUAAUUUCCCUGAGUUCACAGGUCGUGUAUGCCCAGCACCUUGUGAAGGAGCUUGUGUACUUGGUAUAAACUCUGAUCCAGUGACUAUAAAGCAUAUCGAAGGUACUAUUGCAGACAAAGCCUGGGAAAAUGGCUGGUUACAUCCUAUUCCUGAUGAGAAUCGUAUGCCCACUGGUAAACGUAUUGCAAUUAUUGGUAGUGGUCCAUCCGGUUUAGCUUGUGCAGAUCAACUAAAUAAGGUUGGACACGAUGUAAUAGUAAUCGAACGAAGAAACUUACCUGGUGGUUUACUACGAUAUGGAAUUCCAACUAUGAAACUUUCCCGUGAGGUUCUAGAUCGCCGAUUAAAUCUAAUGAAAGCUAAUGGCGUUAAGUUCGAGCUAAAUACACGGGUCGGUAAUGAUGGCCAACCUUCAGAACCCAGAGAUUUGAAUGCUGUUUGUCGCGAUCCAGCAGAUAGUGAAAACAUUUGGUCAGCUAGAAAACUACUAGAUGAAUUUGAUGCAAUAGUUUUAUGUUUGGGUGCCACUUGGCCUCGGGAUUUGAAUAUACCAGGUCGUCAACUUCAAGGUAUUCAUUUUGCUAUGAGUUUCCUUGAACGCUGGCAACGUUAUCAACACAAGAAUAAGAUAAAGCAUACAUAUUUUGAUCUUCAAAACGAUAAGAAUUUUGAUUGUGAUUCUGUGGCUACAUUAGCCAAAGGUAAACGUGUAGUUAUACUUGGUGGGGGUGACACAGGUGUUGAUUGUAUUGCUACAUCUGUACGCCAAGGAGCUGAAACUAUUCGUGUGUUUGAGAUUCUCCCACCACCACCAAUUAAUCGUGAUAUUAAUGAAAAUCCAUGGCCUGAAUGGCCUCGCAUAUGGAGAGUAGAUUAUGGGCACUCAGAAGUUGCUGUUCGUAUAAAUGGGGACCCAAGACAAUUUAAUACAAUAACUAAAGAAUUUCUAGACAACGGGAAAGGAUCAGUAGGCGGGAUACGUACUACUAAAGUUGCAUGGACCAAAUCAAGUACCGGGAAGUGGUUAAUGACUGAAGUGCCAAAUUCUGAAGAAACAUUCGAAUGUGAUUUGGUCUUACUAGCUAUGGGCUUUAUGGGACCUGAAACAACAUUAAUCAAGGAAUUUGAACUAAGUUUAACUAGUCAGUCAGUAAUUCAAGUUCUACCCGAUAAACCAUACACUACACGCAUUCCUAAGGUUUAUGCUGCUGGAGAUUGUCGACGUGGGCAAUCUCUCGUGGUACAUGCAAUUAACGAGGGUAGGCUUGCAGCACGUCAAGUGGAUCUUGAUUUAAUGGGUAAAACACAACUUCCAGGCCCUGGUGGAAUAAUAAAAACUGCGAAUUUAAGAUAAAUUUACAGACUAAUUAGAUGCUUUUGCUUGCGCGCUUCUUUACACAUACACACAUUAACUUUAAUUUACUGCAACGGAUCUGACUAGUGCUCAGAAAGGACGCCUAGAAUAAUCAUUAUCUUUAUCCUUACGUUUGCUGAUUUCAAACCUAUUUUCUGAAUUAAUUUCAUGAUACGAAGUUGCUUUUAGUAAACUCGUUUAAUUUCAUCUUGUGUUAAACAUUUUGUUAUUGUGAAAAAUAUCCAUGCAAUUCAGAACUUGUUCUACUUCAUGGGAAACGCUAAUUGAGAGAGAAUCAACAAAUGUGUUAUAUUUGGUUUACUUUAUAUUUCUGUAAUAGUUAUCCUUUUGAGGAGAGUUUCACAUGACUCUUUGUUGAAGUAUGAUGACGUACAUUUAUAUACAUAGAUAGAUAAUCUAGAAUACCCUUUGUGAAAUUUUCUUCACUUUUUUAUUUGAUCAUCAGAAUUUCUUCAGUAAGUGAAAUACACAGGUCUCGUCUUCUGUGACAUUCAUUCUCGGCAUUCCAUCAUAAAAUAUAUAAUCUAUCUAGUACAUCAUUUUAUUUCUCGAUAUAGUUAUAUUCAAUGCUGAAUUCUGCUUAGUCUUUCUUCUGUUUAAUGUGUGUGAUUGUCUAUAUGCUUUGUUACUUCUUACCUUCCGUUAUUCUUCCAAUUUUUGGUUUCGGAGUAAGACAACCAGUCAGUAAAAAUGUAAUGACCGAAAAACUAACACCUUUUCAUUGAGAUUGUUAGAAGUUUAUUGUCAUUUAAUGAAGCAGAUAAAGUGAACACAUGUUACUAGUGGUAGGGAAGAGGAACGUUGGGAAAUUUACUUCUGUUGAUUAAUUUAUAUAUAUAUCAUCCCAUUUACGGUAUAAAUAAGAUUGCCUUUAUUUUUGUUGUUAUUAUUACUGUUAUCAUUAUCAGCAUCCUUGCAGUAAAUAUAUAUCGUAUUUUGUGUGUACUUUGAAUUGCACACAUGUUUAUCUCAUUUAUCGUUUCUGUUAACUUCACCCAGGCAAGUUGCCUAUCUUUCUUUUUUCUCUGUCUCUCAAGUUUUUCCUUAUUGGUCUGUUUGAUAAAUGUUAUACAUAGUCGAGUGAAAAAGUAUUCUACAAAAAUAAUUAUUUUUAACGCCAGUAAUAAAGAAAUACAUUGAACGUAUUUUGUUUCA